CCGGCGCCUAAUCGCCGCGCCGGCCCGCCCUGAUGUGCAGCCGCGCGGCCCAAUCCGGCCGGGGCGGCGGGGCCGGGGCGCGCCGAGCGCGGGCAGCGGCGACGGGGCUCGGGGCAGGGCGGCUCGGCUCGGGGCAGGGCGGCUCGGCUCGGCUCGGCUCGGCUCGGCGCGGCGCACGGGAGUAGGUUUUUGUUCCUGUAAAAAGACUGACAGCUCACAGAUGCUCCUGGGAGUCCCUGCUGCAUUGCCGUGAAGACAGACUCGUACUGUGAUCUUCAAGAGAAGAUAAGGUGUAGUGUCUCUGCAGGAGGCCUAAUUGCUGAUGUUUUGAACUUUGCUGUGAUUUUUCCUCCUGCCCUAUUCUUGCAAUACAAGUCCGAUGAUGAAGCUGGUUGGUCUUGCUGUCGGUGGCCCUGACUGACUGCUCGGCACCUUGUCCUGUCUGCGGGCAGCGUUGCGGAGGCUUGGGAGGUACUCCCUAAAUUCAUGAGAUGGCCACCAUCACCCAAAUCUCCAAGGAUGAGCUGGAGGAGCUCAAGGAGGCCUUUGCCAAAGUUGACCUCAACAGCAAUGGGUUCAUCUGCGACUACGAGUUGCAUGAGCUCUUCAAGGAAGCCAACCUGCCCCUCCCGGGGUACAAAGUGAGAGAGAUCAUCCAGAAGCUCAUGAUCGACAGCGACAAGAAUAAAGAUGGGAAGAUCAGCUUUGAAGAGUUUGUCUAUAUUUUCCAAGAGGUGAAAAGCAGUGAUAUCGCUAAAACGUUCAGAAAAGCAAUUAACCGGAAGGAAGGCAUCUGUGCGAUUGGUGGCACGUCGGAGCUCUCCAGCGAAGGAACGCAGCACUCGUAUUCAGAGGAAGAGAAAUAUGCCUUUGUAAACUGGAUAAACAAAGCCCUGGAAAAUGAUCCCGACUGCAGGCACGUUAUUCCGAUGAACCCCAAUACAGAUGACCUGUUCAAAGCCGUGGGAGAUGGGAUUGUGCUGUGCAAAAUGAUCAAUCUCUCUGUUCCGGACACGAUUGAUGAAAGAGCAAUUAACAAGAAGAAACUCACGCCGUUCAUAAUUCAGGAGAACCUGAACCUGGCGCUGAACUCUGCCUCCGCCAUCGGCUGCCAUGUCGUCAACAUCGGCGCCGAGGACCUGCGGGAAGGGAAACCCCACCUGGUGCUAGGGCUGCUCUGGCAGAUCAUUAAGAUCGGCUUGUUUGCUGACAUCGAGCUCAGCAGGAAUGAAGCGCUGGCUGCCUUACUUCGUGACGGUGAAAAUCUGGAGGACCUUAUGAAGCUGUCCCCAGAAGAGCUGCUCCUAAGAUGGGCAAACUUCCACUUGGAAAACGCAGGCUGGCACAAAAUCAGUAACUUCAGUUCGGACAUCAAGCUUACUGACUUUGGUAAUUCAGUAAAGGACUCUAGAGCUUACUUCCACCUUCUCAAUCAAAUUGCACCAAAAGGGCAGAAAGAAGGAGAGCCUCAGAUUGACGUUAACAUGUCGGGUUUCAACGAGAAGGACGACUUGCGGAGAGCGGAGUACAUGCUGCAGCAGGCCGACCGGCUGGGCUGCCGGCAGUUCGUCACGCCCGCCGACGUGGUCAGCGGCAACCCCAAGCUGAACCUGGCCUUCGUCGCGAACCUGUUCAACAAGUACCCGGCACUGACCAAGCCUGAAAACCAGGACAUCGACUGGACUCUGCUGGAAGGAGAGACACGGGAAGAACGAACCUUCCGCAACUGGAUGAACUCCCUUGGUGUGAACCCCCAUGUAAAUCACCUCUACGGUGAUCUGCAAGAUGCCCUUGUAAUACUACAAUUAUAUGAAAAGAUCAAAGUUCCUGUUGACUGGAAUAAGGUUAACAAGCCUCCGUAUCCUAAGCUUGGUGCAAAUAUGAAAAAGCUAGAAAACUGCAACUAUGCUGUAGAUUUGGGAAAACAUCCAGCUAAAUUCUCCCUGGUUGGCAUUGGAGGACAGGAUCUGAAUGACGGAAACCCAACGUUGACACUAGCCUUAGUCUGGCAGUUGAUGAGGAGGUACACGCUGAAUGUCCUUGAGGACCUCGGUGAUGGUCAAAAAGCAAACGAUGACAUUAUAGUCAGCUGGGUAAACAGGACCCUGAAAGAAGCCGGCAAGUCCACCUCCAUCCAGAACUUCAAGGACAAGACUAUCAGCACGAGCUUGGCAGUUGUGGAUUUAAUUGAUGCUAUACAGCCUGGUUGUAUCAACUAUGACCUUGUAAAGACUGGUCAUCUAUCAGAAGAUGACAAACAAAAUAAUGCUAAGUAUGCUGUGUCCAUGGCAAGAAGAAUUGGUGCCAGAGUUUAUGCCCUUCCAGAAGAUCUCGUGGAGGUGAAACCGAAGAUGGUCAUGACCGUGUUUGCCUGCUUGAUGGGCAGAGGAAUGAAGCGAGUAUAAAAGGGUUGAUACAUGUAAAAAAACAAAAUGCAACAAAAAACCCAACCUGCCACCCUGGGUGCAUGAGUAGCAGAUCAGCUGUGUCCACGUUGAAAUGCUGUUGGCCUAGGAACUGCUGAAGUUCAAAGGACUUUGUUUUGCUUUGCAAGACAAACUCUUAUCAAAUUCUCAGGGAGAGGAGUUUUAACCAAUAGACGUGCUCUUUUCCCAAAGGAAAGUUUAACUUAUCAAGAGCUCACAGAAAUGCAUUCAUAACAGACCAGCAUCUUGCAAUACUGCUCUGGAGCUGUUUUCACCUCCUUAUUUCUCAGAUGCUUGGUGUGUGUUUUUUUUCCCCUGAGGGCUGUAAGGUGGUUGGUAUGAGUUGUAAGGGAAACAAAUCUUAUUUCUGUCUGCAGUCCAGUUUAAUUUGUAUUAUAUGGUCCAAGCAUAGACUAGGUUUGACCACUUCCUUACUUUUGCAAACAAAGCUACAGUGCAAGUUGGGACCUGCAGGCCAGCUCACAAUGUUAAAUGAGAAAUGUGUAUAAUUUUGAAGAUGGAUCUUCCUAUGGUAUUCUCUGUACAUGGUGCUUUUUUAUAAACCUAACUAUUUUGAUUACUUUACAAAUAAAGCAUGGCAGUUUUUUUUCUCUUACUGCGUAUAUAAAGUAUUUUUUUUAAGUUAGACUAUAUACGAGAAUACCACCAUCCUUGGACCUCUCGCAGUAACUCAUGAUAUCAUGUUGCUGAUGGCACGGUUGCACCUGAGAAUGGAAGUGAAUGCAUUUUUGUAUGCAUCUUGGUUCAGUUGUGUGCACCUAGAAAAUAAUUUUUACAAAAAUCUGCAUGAAAACUAUAACUUUUUUAUUUAAAAUGCUGUUGGAUAUAAAACCAUAAUCCAUUGUGGGGAGGUUUUGUGCAGGGAAGAGGCAAAUGUUAUAAACAGCGAGGUUCAAUAAACUGAACAGCAAAUGUGCUGGAACAUAGAACUAUUUUUACAGAUAAAAGGAUGUGUUGUCGCCAAAGAAGGAAGAUGCUGUAUCCAUGGGAGUUAAUAUUAUCUUGCUUUGGCAAGCUGUUUGCUAUAUUUUGAGAUCAUAUUGCUAUUCUGAGCUAUUCAAAGUGAUGUAAUAUGGUGGCAAAGCAUUAGUUGAAAUAAAAACAUUUAAAUACAA